AUGUACGGCAGCAGCUCUACCCGCCGCCCAUGCUGCUUGGACGUGACUGCUGGCCGUGUGGAUAGAAGCCAUGGCCGGCGGCUGCUCAGCCCAAGAGCCCCCCUCGUUGUAACAAUGACCCCACGCCCAGUGGACCUCGUCUCCCAUUGGCCGCCCGCGGUUUCUAUGACGACGUCCCCCCCCGUCUCUGACCUCAGCGGGUUUCAGAAGAAGCUGCUUCUGCCGCGCACCACGCAAGUGGUGAUCGAGGACGGCUUUGAGGGGCUCGUCCAUCGCUUGUGUGAACCGUGGGAUCUCCACGGACUCCCCACCAAGCAGUCAGAACAGCCCGUGUGCUGGCCCCAGGAGUGCCAGGUCAUUAAGGAGAGGAUCAGGCACAUUGAGGGGGUCUCGCUGGGCCCAGAACCGCUUUACCGUGCGACCGGUUUGGAACAAGCCCCGAUCUACACGGACACCGAUGAGGGUGAAUUGGUUUACGAAACCAAUAAAGAUUACCUGCAGCCGUUCUUCACCUUUGCCCGAGUGGGAGGGAGUUCGCGGCCACUGACGGAGGCAGCCGUUAACGUCGGCCAGCAGGACAGCACCCUGAUAUUCGAGUCUCGCUUUGAGUGCGGCAACCUGCAGAGAGCUCUUAAAGUUGGUGAACGCGAGUACACGCUGGUGUUGCGGACGGACAUGUACACGGCCAGACACACGCAGUGGUUUUACUUCCAGGUGCGGAACACCCGCCGCUCGCUGCCCUACCGCUUCACCAUCGUCAACCUGAUGAAGCCCAGCAGCCUGUACAACAGGGGCAUGAGGCCACUCCUCUACUCGGCUCGGGACGCCCAGGACGGCGGCCGGGGCUGGCGCAGGGUGGGCGACCAGAUCAACUACUACAGGAACGGCCACGUGUCGGGUGGGGGGCGCCAGUACUUCUCCCUCACCUGGACCUUCCAGUUCCCCCACGACGCCGACACCUGCUACUUUGCCCACUGCUACCCCUACACCUACUCCGACCUGCAGGACUACCUGCUCCAGGUGGCCACCAGCCCGGCCAAGAGCAAGCUGUGCAAGGUGAGGGUCCUGUGCCGGACGCUGGCCGGCAACAUGGUCUACCUGCUGACCGUCACCAACCCGUCUCGCAGCCCGCGGGAGGCGGCGGCCAAGCGGGCGGUGGUGCUGACGGCCAGGGUGCACCCGGGCGAGAGCAACAGCUCCUGGGUGAUGAAGGGGCUCCUCGACUGCCUGCUGGGCAGCUCGGCCGACGCCUCCCUCCUGCGCGACACCUUCCUCUUCAAGAUCGUGCCCAUGAUCAACCCCGACGGCGUCAUCGUCGGUAACUAUCGCUGCUCCCUCGCCGGCCGCGACCUCAACCGCCAGUACCGCACCAUCCACAAGGACCACUACCCCCCAGUCUGGUACACCAGGAGGCUCAUCAAGAGGCUGCUGGAGGAGAGGACGGUGCUGUUGUACUGUGACCUCCAUGGGCACAGCCGCAAGCAGAACAUCUUCAUGUACGGCUGUCAGGAGCACAGUACCCUGGCCACGUGCGCCCAGCAGCGGGUGCUGCCUCUCAUGCUCAGCAAGAACUGCAACGACAAGUUCUCCUUCCAGAGCUGCAAGUUCCACAUCAAGCGGGAGAAGGAAGGGACGGGGCGAGUGGUGGCGUGGAGGUUGGGUGUAGCCAACAGUUACACGCUAGAGGCCACCUUCUGCGGUUCUACCAUCGGAAAUAAAAGCAAUAUCCAUUUCAACGUGGGAGAUCUGGAAGGUAUGGGCGCGCAGUUUUGCGACACACUGCUGGACUACUGUGACCCUGACGAAUCCAAGGUAACACAGGCCAUGUACGACACAGA